GUGCACUUUGCUUUAGUUAAACCGUGCACGUGUGAUAGUGUCAAUACGUUAGCUCACGAGAUUUCCUCACGAUUGGCUUCGGAAAGUUAUUUGACAGCUCUCUCGCGGGUCUCCAGACCACCCGCCCCUUUCUCCCCUGUGGAUUUAUUCGUAUUGCAGGAAGUCCCCUACAUCCUCUUCUCUUGUGGCGUGUGUAUGCGUGUUUGGGUGUGUGUUUCUGUGUCGGUAUAUUAUGAAGGUUUCAUGGUAAGGAGCCGGGCAUCAUGGGCAUCUACCGGCGUUUGGAGAGCUGGUGCCUCAUGAACGCACUGCGCGCUUUUGUGCUUCUAUUGCUGGGAUUGAUAGCUGACAGCUCCAGUCAUUGCUCACCCGACGGGAGAGAACUGAAAAGUACGCUAACCAAACUGGAGCGUUAUCACACCAUGGUACCACUGCUGCUGGAAGGAAAAGAGAAGCGACCAAUCAGCUGGGUUCGCUCCAGGAUUCCUCCCACUUCGCUGCGCAUCCUGAUCCAAACAGAAGGACAACGGCUGGUUUUGUCUGUGGAGAAGAACCACGGCCUGUUUGCAAGCCAGUACACAGAGACGCACUACGGGGUAAAUGGCCAAACCGUUACCACCGCUCUCAACUCUACGAUGAAUUGCUAUUACCACGGGGUGGUCCAAGGGCACACACAUUCUGAAGUCAGCCUCAGUACAUGCUCUGGGAUCAGAGGUUUUAUCUUACUUGAAAAUACAACACUGAUGGUGGAACCAGCUUUUGAGCCAGAAAACGACACGCAUGUGAUCUACGAAGGUCAGCAACUACACUUGCCCACUGGAACCUGUGGACAUGGACACAACAUAUCUACCAUCAGUCAUAGCAUUGAUGGAGGACUGCCACGAUCACUCAACACAAGGCGUAAGAGGGAUGUUCAGAAGACCACCAAAUAUGUGGAACUCAUCAUUGUAGCAGACAACAGAGAGUUCCAGAAACAGGGAAAAGAUGUGGAGAAGGUGAAGCAGAGGCUAGCCGAGAUCGCCAAUUACGUCGACAAGUUUUACAGGGUCCUUAAUAUUCGCGUAGCUCUGGUGGGAUUGGAAGUAUGGAGUGAUGCUGAUAAAUGUGCAGUGACCCAGGAUCCCUUCACAACUCUGCAUGAGUUUCUAGACUGGAGGAAACUGAAAUUGCUGCCACAGCUGCCACAUGAUAACGCCCAACUUAUUAGUGGGGUUUACUUCCAGGGCACCACAAUAGGCAUGGCUCCCAUCAUGAGUAUGUGUACAGCCGAGCAGUCAGGAGGCAUCGUCAUGGAUCACUCUGACAAUCCUUUGGGAGCUGCUGUGACUUUGGCCCAUGAGUUAGGCCACAACUUCGGCAUGAACCAUGACACUCCAGAACGGGGGUGUGGCUGUAGGAUGACUGUAGAUCGUGGUGGCUGCAUUAUGACUCCAUCUACAGGGUACCCGUUCCCCACGGUGUUCAGCACCUGUAGUAAAAAGGAUCUGGUGGCAAGUCUGGAGAAGGGAGUGGGGAUGUGUUUGUAUAAUAUGCCUGAAGUAAAAAUGCUCUACGGGGGACAGAAAUGUGGAAAUGGAUACAUAGAGGAAGGAGAGGAGUGUGACUGUGGAGAGUCGGAGGAGUGCAUGAACCCCUGCUGUAACGCCACAACCUGUACUCUCAAAGGAGAUGCUGUGUGUGCUCACGGACAGUGCUGUGAAGACUGCCAGUUAAAACCAGCAGGGACUCCUUGUAGAGAUGCCAGUAACUCCUGUGACUUACCCGAAUUCUGCACCGGUACCAACCCUCACUGCCCCGCUAAUGUCUACCUGCACGACGGGCACACGUGCCACAGUAUAGAUGGUUACUGUUACAAUGGCAUCUGUCAGACUCACGAGCAACAGUGCAUUACUCUCUGGGGACCAGGAGCAAAACCCGCCCCGGGGAUCUGUUUUGAAAAGGUAAACUCUGCAGGGGACCCCUAUGGGAAUUGUGGGAAAGACUCCAAAGGCUCAUUCGCUAAGUGUGAAGCAAGGGAUGCAAGAUGUGGGAAAAUUCAGUGCCAGGGGGGUGCCACCAGGCCAGUGAUUGGGACCAAUGCUGUUUCCAUAGAGACAAACAUCCCUCUACAGGGGGGUGGGCGUAUUCUGUGCCGCGGAACGCACGUGUAUCUGGGUGAUGAUAUGCCUGAUCCGGGACUGGUGUUGGCUGGGACUAAGUGUGCUGAUGGCAUGAUCUGUUUGAACAGACAGUGUCAGAACGUCAGUGUGUUUGGAGUGCACAAGUGCUCGAGCAAGUGUAACGGAAGAGGGGAAUGCAACAACAAGAAGAACUGCCAUUGUGAAGCUCAUUGGGCACCUCCAUUCUGUGACAGUGCCGGGUUUGGCGGCAGCGUUGACAGUGGACCAAUGAGGCUAGCAGAUGUGCGAGUGUGUGUAUUAAUGUGCGUGCUGUCAUAUGUGACAACAGCUGACGGCAGCGCCGUGGUCGUGGGCGCGCUGGUCACCCUCGUCUGCUUGCUGUCGACGGGGCUGAUCGUGUGCCUGAGGAGGAAGGCUUUGCUUCAGAUGUUCUGCAUCAAUAAAAAGAGUGCGCUUCAAAAGCUCAGAUCAGUUGGGCGGAAGCGAGCAGCCAUCCCGCCACAAACUCAAUCGGUCUUCAAGGUCUCACCUCAGCACAAGCCCCUCUCAUUACCUCUACACCCCAGGAGUGACAAUCUGUCUGUCUCUCCACAGUCAUCUCACCCCAGCACCGAACCUCUCCUCCCUCCACACAACUUCCACAUUUUACGUCGGCUACACGAAUUCCCUUCCCGGUGCCAGCCUGUCCAUAUCAGCCACCCCAUGCCCAUCACACUGGGUGUCGGCAUGGCAACGGGCCUCCAGUCUCUGCCCGCCGUCCCACCUCACAGGAAUCUGCUCGCAAACUCGCAUUCCUCUGGCAGAACGACAGGCUUUCACACACUCCCACGCCAGCUGCCCUACACAAAUCGCCAGGACCCCGAUAAACCCAAUCCCCCACAAAAGCCACUUCCUGCAGACCCCUUGCUCAGAGGUCACGGAGUGAACCGAAGCAUUUCCAGAAUGGGAGUUCGGAUACCGGUCCCUGGACCUCUACCCAUCCCAGUUCCAACAGUACCAAGACCACCCCCUUCAUUACCACUGCCAAACAGACCUCUUCCAAGAUUACCACAGACCUUCUAUGAACACUGACACAUGGACACCCACAACACUGAGGGUGCAUUUCACCAGCAUCUAAACACACUUGUUUGCACUAUGAAAACUCU